CAUUCUACCCAUGAUGCCCCGCUCGCGCGUCUGGAUCGAGCCGCCAUGUUGUCGGUGUGAAAGCUUGGGAGCAGCUGCGAACCGGGGCUGAAAUCCGUCAGCAUCCGCAUCCUCCACCUUCUCUGGUGGAAUGAGCGUAGCGUGUGUGUUGAAGAGGAAAGCUGUGCUCUGGCAGGAUUCGUUCAGCCCCCACCUGAGACUGCCUCCCCCUGACAGGCUAUUACCCAGCAUGCCUGUGGUGCUGACUGCUGCGGGCCACACCCCCCAACCUGGCCCUGCUCCGCAGGCCCCUCCCCCCACGCAGGGAGCGGGGCGCUCUCAAGAUGACGCCAUGGUUGAUUACUUCUUCCAGCGGCAGCAUGGCGACCAGCCCGGCUACAACAACUGCAAACACCGCUGGCCGACUGGUGACAACAUUCAUGCAGACAACCAGGUACGAUCAAUGGAUGAGCUUAAUCAUGACUUCCAAGCACUUGCUCUGGAGGGCCGAGCCAUGGGAGAGCAGCUCCUCACUGGAAAAAAGUUCUGGGAAACUGAUUAUUCAGGGAAAGAUGGACCAAAAGGGAUCUUUCUGGACCAGUGGAGAGACAGUGCUUGGGGAGCCUCUGAUCACUCAGUGUCCCAGCCAAUCAUGGUGCAGCGCCGACCAGGUCAGGGCUUCCAUGGUGUUGGAGAGGCAGGAUCAGUGUUGUCUCCACGUUCUGAGAGUGGUGGACUAGGUGUGUCCAUGGUGGAGUAUGUUCUGAGCUCCUCCCCUGCUGAGAAAAUGGACUCUUGUUUGCGUAAAGGAGCCUUUGGUCCAAGAGAUUCGGAGGCUGAUGACCCUGAGAAAAGGGCAGAACCAAAACCCAAAACAGUGUUUGACCCUGAACGGAACGAACUGAAGGAAAUCGAGCCCGAUGCUUUGGAUAACCCCAACGGACUGCCUAAUCAGAAUGGACUUGAUGUGGAUGUUAAGGAUUAUAGUCAUACUCCUGGUAAUUGCCCUCCAACUGGUCCAGAAGUGGAGUUGGGUGGACCAGAAUUGUCUGGAGGUGCAGGGCCAAAACAAGCAGAGGAGUUCCCCAAUGUUGAGACCCAAAAUGUGUCCCUUGACCCCAUGGAAUCUGUUUCCAUGGAGACUUUGCAGUUUGAUUAUCCUGGAGGUCAGCUGCCUCUUGACUCCACAGCGGCUACUGUUGGCCUGUUUGACUACAGUUCCCCUCAGCAGCUGUUCCAGAGGCCCAGCCCUCUAGCAGUUCAGCAGCUCACAGCAGCCCAGCAGCAGCAGUAUGCGCUCGCUGCAGCUCAACAACAACACAUUGGACUGGCUCCAGCUGCAUUUGUACCGAACCCUUAUAUCAUCAGCACGGCUCCACCCGGCACUGAUCCAUACGCCGCAGGCCUCGCUGCUGCUGCCACGCUUGGUCCAGCAGUGAUGCCCCCUCAGUACUAUGGUGUGACUCCAUGGGGUGUGUACCCUGCCAGCCUAUUCCAGCAGCAGGCCGCCACCCCCUCCAACUCAGCCAACCAGCAGACAGCGGCACAGACUCAGCAGAACCAACAGCAGGUGAUGCGUGCAGGUGGAAAUCAACGACCUCUUACCCCUAGCCAAGGACAGCAGGGUCAGCAGACAGAGCAGCUUGUAGCUGCAGCAGCAGUGAACUCUGCCUUGGCCUUUGGCCAAGGCCUGGCAGCCGGCGUACCCGGUUAUCCCAUGUUAGCCCCAGCUGCAUAUUAUGACCAGACGGGUACACUUGUGGUGAAUACGGGUGCUCGUGGUGGCCCGGUCCGACUCAUGGCCCCUGCAUCGGUUAUCAUCAGCCCAUCAGCAGCAGUGGCUGCUGCUGCCGCCUCAGCAGGCGGGGCUAAUGCCGGUCUCGGGGGCGGAGCAAGUGGGGCAUUCCGUGCAUUGAGUUCUCAGCAAGCUCCUGGGCAGCAGGGCAGUGGGGCUUUGGGAGGAAGCUCUUUUUAUGGGAGCGGCUCCCCAAGCUCCUCCUCACAGAGCUCCUCGCUGUUUUCACAAGGCUCUGCCCAGCCGGGAAACACCUCACUCGGAUUCAAUGCCAACCCCUCUUCCUCCCUGGGUGCCACGCUUGGAGCAACCCUCGGAGGUUUUGGAACAGCAGUUGCUAAUUCCAGCUCUAGUGGGUCACGUCGAGAUUCUCUGACAGGAAGCUCUGACCUGUACAAGCGUACACCCAGUAGCCUCACCCCUAUUGGCCAUGGGGGUUUCUACAAUGGCCUCAGCUUUAGCUCCUCCCCUGGCCCAGUAGGCAUGCCUCUUCCCAACCAAGGCCCAUCCCACUCCCUAACCCCGCCCCCCUCACUCUCAACCCAUGGAUCUUCAAGCAGUCUCAAUCUUGGUGGGCUGACCAAUGGCAGUGGGCGUUUUAUCUCUGCAGCACCGGGGGCCGAGGCAAAGUACCGCAGUGCCACCACUGGCUCGUCUCUCUUCAGUCCCAGCAGCCAGCUCUUCCCAUCGUCACGGCUACGCUAUGGAAUGUCUGACGUGAUGCCAUCAGGUCGCAGCCGUCUGCUUGAGGACUUCAGAAACAACCGCUACCCUAACCUGCAGCUGAGAGAGAUCACAGGACAUGUCAUGGAGUUCUCUCAGGACCAGCAUGGCUCCAGGUUUAUCCAGCUAAAAUUGGAGAGAGCAAGUCCUGCAGAACGGCAGUUGGUCUUCAAUGAAAUACUACAGGCAGCCUACCAGCUCAUGGUUGAUGUGUUUGGAAACUAUGUUAUCCAGAAAUUCUUUGAGUUUGGCAGUCUUGAUCAGAAGUUGGCGCUGGCCGAGCGGAUCCGUGGCCAUGUUUUAUCCCUGGCCCUGCAGAUGUACGGCUGUAGAGUGAUCCAGAAAGCUCUGGAGUUCAUCCCCUCAGACCAACAAGUCAUUAAUGAGAUGGUUCGGGAGCUCGAUGGACAUGUCUUGAAGUGUGUGAAGGAUCAAAAUGGCAACCAUGUGGUGCAGAAGUGUAUUGAGUGUGUUCAGCCUCAUGCUCUGCAGUUCAUCAUCGAUGCCUUCAAAGGACAGGUGUUUGCUCUGUCCACACACCCAUAUGGUUGCCGGGUGAUCCAGCGUAUUCUGGAGCAUUGCCUGCCUGAGCAGACUCUACCGAUACUGGAGGAAAUACAUCAACACACUGAGCAGCUGGUCCAGGAUCAGUAUGGGAACUAUGUAAUUCAGCAUGUGUUGGAGCACGGCCGCGCAGAGGACAAGAGCAAGAUCGUCUCUGAAAUCAGAGGAAAUGUUUUGGGGCUCAGCCAACAUAAGUUUGCCAGUAACGUGGUGGAAAAGUGUGUGACCCACUCUUUGCGUGCGGAGAGAGCGAUGCUAAUUGAUGAGGUAUGCAGUAUGGCGGACGGGCCCCACAGUGCCUUAUACACCAUGAUGAAGGACCAGUACGCGAACUACGUUGUGCAGAAAAUGAUCGAUGUAGCUGAGCCUACACAACGCAAGAUUGUAAUGCACAAGAUCCGGCCCCAUAUUGCAACGCUGAGGAAGUAUACGUACGGAAAGCACAUCCUGGCUAAACUGGAGAAGUACUACAUGAAGAACGGCGUUGACCUCGGCCCACUCUGUGCUCCCCCUAAUGGCAUCAUGUAAAUCUCUCCCAUAACUCACUAGGACGUCUGUGUGUGUGUGUGUGUGUGUGUGUGUGUGUGUGUGUGUGUGUGUGUGUGUGUGUGUGUGUGUGUGUGUGUGUGUGUGUGCGUGUGUGUGCGUGCUCGCACGCAUUUGUCCAAACCCAACAUAGGGAGGUUGGUGUGAAAUUGCUGAAACCUUCCCCUCAAUGCUUAUUCAUCCCUCGAUUUUUGUGACCUUUUAUUUUUCUUUAUCUCUCCUUUUUAGCAAUUCUUUAUCACUCUACUACCUAAGUAAUGGUCCUUAUUUGGUCCUGUAUGUAUGUAAUGAGAGAAUAUUUGAAUUAUCCCACUUUCAAUCAUGUAGGCUUGCGCAAACACUUUAUUGCUCAGCAACACCUUUCUAAUGUGCAUACUCUUUCAUAACGUGCACAUUCUUGCUAACACUUGAUUGCUAACAUACCCAGACAUUUAGCAUGGGAGACGUUUUUGUCUUGCUUCUAUAAACUAUUUAGUGCAUACUUGGUGUAGACCUUUGCAUAUAUAUAUAAAUAUAUAUAUAAAACUUUGUAGUUUUCUGGUUUUUGAUGUCCAAUCUGUAUCUAUAAUCUUCCCCAGUAGUGAAUACAUACUUCUGAUUGUAUAAUUGUACAUUUGUAAACCUUUGCUAAUGUAAAUGUGGACUUGCUUCUACAGCCCUUUUUUGGUAUGAGAAAAAAAAUGACAAAAUGGAAAAAAUAAUCUUGUGCAUUUCAGUGUAAAUUCUCACCUCUUUGGUUGUGGUUUCUGAGUUAUGAGUUGUUAUAUAUUGUAAAUUGUAAUAUCAGAUUUUUUUGUUGGUUUUGAAGCCCUUUGGAUUAUUAAUGCAUAGAUGUACAAAGAACAGAGAAAAUGUGCACUCUGCUUUUAGCCAUUCACCAGCCACCUCUUUUUCCCCUCCACUCAUCCCUUUCUUUUUUUAAGAUCUUUUAUAGUCCCUCCCUUGCUCCAGGGCAGAUAGCAGCAAGCGCAUUUGUGUGUAUGUGUGUGACGUGUUAGACUGCCCUGGUCAGAGGUGUGUACAGAUUUGCCAUUCUUUUGUCUACUUGUAAGUGAUUGUAACAUACUGGCCAUUGGUUUUUGAUUUGGAACACUCUCCGGUGUAUAUUUAAACAGCCUUGUGUAUAUUUCCUAUGAUACUCUUUAUGCAGGCACACUUGUAACCAUAAUGUGUAUAGGUAACAGAUGCUGUGUGAGCUUUCUGCCUGGGCAACUAUUUUUUGUAACUCCAGUUGUAGAUUGUCUCUAAACAAUGUGUGAUCUUUAUUUUGAAACAAAACAAUGAAAAAAAUUGAAAAUUU